AUGUCAAGCGACGAGGAACCAUCGACAUCUUCGACUACAAAAACGUCGACACAUGCAAAUGGGAAUUCUGGAGAUAAAAGGGCGUUUUCGACGCUCGAGCUGAGCGGGCCAACUGCUAAGGGACUAGAGGCCAUGGGCUUUACGACCAUGACGGAGAUUCAGGAGAAGACGAUUCCGCAUCUACUUGCUGGAAAAGAUGUUCUCGGGGCUGCAAAGACGGGUUCAGGCAAGACACUGGCGUUUUUGAUUCCGAGUGUAGAGCUCCUUUGCCGGCUGAAAUUCAAGCCACGCAACGGGACGGGAAUUAUUGUCGUUUCGCCGACUCGCGAGCUUGCGCUGCAAAUCUUUGGCGUUGCAAAGGAGCUGAUGGAACAUCAUUCUCAGACUUUGGGGAUCGUUAUGGGAGGUGCAAAUCGCAAAGCCGAGGUGGAUAAGCUCGUCAAGGGUGUCAAUCUCUUGAUAGCCACCCCUGGUCGAUUACUCGACCAUCUGGAGAACACUCCAGGUUUUGUGUUUAAGAAUCUGCGAGCAUUAGUAAUUGACGAAGCGGAUCGCAUAUUGGAAGUCGGGUUUGAGGAGGAAAUGAAAAAGAUUAUCAAGAUAUUGCCUAACGAGAACCGACAAUCGAUGCUGUUUUCUGCUACGCAGACGACCAAGGUUGCGGAUCUGGCACGGAUAUCCCUUCGUCCUGGACCGACGUAUAUCAACGUCGACUCUGCCAAGGACACGAGCACGGUCACUACACUCUCUCAAGGCUACGUCGUUUGCCCGUCGGACAGGCGUUUCCUUCUCCUCUUCACCUUUCUCCGCAAAAACUUGAAGAAGAAAGUCGUGGUCUUCUUCAGCAGUUGCAACUCUGUCAAGUAUCACUCAGAACUUCUUAACUAUAUCGACGUUCCUGUCAUGGAUCUACAUGGAAAACAAAAACAACAGAAACGGACCAACACGUUCUUCGAGUUUUGCAAUGCGAAACAAGGGAUAUUAUUAUGUACUGACGUUGCCGCACGAGGGUUGGAUAUCCCAGAGGUCGAUUGGAUAGUCCAGUUUGACCCGCCAGACGAUCCUAGGGACUAUAUUCAUCGUGUUGGUCGAACAGCACGCGCAGGCAAGACGGGAAAGAGUCUAUUGUUCCUGCUGGAAUCGGAGCUCGGCUUCUUGAGAUAUCUCAAGGAGGCCAAGGUGCCAUUGAACGAGUACAACUUUCCGAGCGAAAAGAUUGCCAACGUUCAGACUCAGCUUGAGAAGUUGUUGCAGAAGAAUUACUAUCUACAUCGUUCCGCAACAGAUGGAUACCGAUCAUACCUCCAAGCCUAUGCGUCUUACUCUCUCAAAAGUAUCUUUGACGUGAACAAGCUAGACUUGGUUAAAGUCGGCAAGUCGUUUGGGUUCACCGUACCCCCACGGGUCAAUGUUACCGUUGGAUCUGCUGGUGGUGAAUCCAACGCUGCUCACUCGAAGAAGCGGCGCAGAGCAGAUGUGGAAGCUGAAGAUGUGGAGAUGGAGGACGCGACUGCAGAGGCAGCCAGCCAUGAGCACCGGUCGCGACCGAAUAAGGAGAGGAGGAUCGAGCAGAUGGGGAAUAAGCGAGUGCAGAAAGAGGUGUAUAAAGUUACCAAGGAUCGACAACGACAACAACAGCAAGCCCACGCGGCUGGUGACCGACGGCAGUGGAGUCGAUGA